AUGAAGCGCGCUAUGUUUUUGGUUGAUUAAAAAAAGAAUGAAUUAAUUGGUAAAGUGGGGCAUCUAUACUCCCCACUAAAAGAUUAUAUAAAUCCUACAACCCCCACUAAGUAUAAUUAAAUUUAGAAUCUAUUAUGCAAUUGGCAAUUUUAUUAUUUUAAAAUACUUGAGACAACACCUUGUUUCAUGUUAGAUGAUAUUUAUCCAUUAUUUGAUUUGAACGAACAAUUUCCUAUCAGAGAAUAUAAAGAAAUAUUAUCUAAGUAUGUUCAAAAAGAAACUGAACCUACUCAUGAUUUCAAUUCAAGGAAGUGUAGUAGUACAUUAGAAGAAUCUUUAAGUUUUCUACAUAAUAUUCUUAGUUGUCGAUGAAGAUUAUGAAAUAAUAGGAAAGAGCUAAAACGAUAAUUCCAUAUGUCCAAUUUUUUAUUUAGAAACUGGGCAAUACUCAAUUAUACUCAAAUCAUCUGUCCAUCUAUUUUGAUAUCCAUACUCAAUGUGCACUUAUGUAAAAAUAAUAGUUAAUAUCAUUAGUUAUUUUGCAUGAAAAAAUCAAAUUGGUUAAAUUAGUUAAAUGUAUUCCUGUAGACUACGAUCUACUCGACCUCAAUAUUAAAGCAUUUGUAGAGUUUCAAGAUUUUCACAUCAUUGCUCAAAAACCAUUCUUACAUUUAACUUAUUCCACUACACUUAAAUAAAAGAAAAAUCCAUCCAUAUUAAUAGAUUAUGCUAAUCUAAAAUAGUAUUAUGGCAAGCAGAUAAACUACAUUAUACCAUUUCUCUAAGGACGCAUUCAAGUUCAACUGUAUAUUAUAGAUGCUAAUUUAAUUUAAAAAGGUAAAGAUGCUCACACUUAUGUAUACUAUUACAAUGCAGAAUAAUCAACUGUUGGUGAUUACUUUUCAUUAGAAUCUGGUGGAGUGUGCAUCUCAAUGUAACUAGAAGAAGAUAUUAUUUAACUAUCUAUUAAAUCACUUCAAAUAGCACUCCCAACUAAAUUAACUCAAAUAGGUCCAAUUCAAACAAGAAUUACUUAUUAAAUUUUCAACUUGAAGAAACUCCAAUAGAAGAAUGGACUGAAAAUUUUUAGAAUCUUGAAUAGAUUAGAAGUAAUGUUGUAAAUUUUGUAAAAACUUAUCAUGGUAGUAGAUUGAUUUAAAAACAUUUCACAACUUGUACUUAAAAGGAAUUAGAUCAAAUUUUAUAAGAAAUUGAAUCUCAUCCUCUAGAUUUGAUGAUUGAUCCAUAUGCCAAUUACAUGUUUGUUAGUCUUAGUCAAAGUUAUGCUCCACAUUAAAGAUUAUAUAUCUUAUAAACAGUAUAUUUAUAUAAUUAGAUCGGUAAUCGUCUUGUUGAUAUUGCUUGUGAUAAAAAGGAACUAAUUCUAUUUAGUCUUUAGUUUCAUUGAUCUCUUAUAAAUAAGAAGAAUAAAUGGUUGAGAAUAGUAUUAAAAAUAACAUAAUUCCACUUACUAUUGAUAGUUAAGGUACACAUCUUAUCAAAAAGAUAAUUGUACGUUUUUCUGAAGAUAGACUCAAUUAUAUUUUUCAUAAAUUGAUGAAAAGAUUGAUUUAUGUAAUUAAUAAUUAAUUUGGAUUAUGUUUAUUGAAAGAUCUCUAAAUUCAAAAAAAAUUUAGAAAAAUCUAAUAUUAUUAUUAAUAAAAUGAAGGAUCAUUUAGAUGA